AUGAUAAGCUUGGCGACAGGCAUACUCCACUGCACGUACGGUCGGAACUUGGGGAACUUCCUCUUCAACACAUUUUUAUUCUUUGCAAAUUAUUUGAAUUGCGUUUGUCUCGUUUUGAAGAAGAGGCAACAACUUCGACUGGCUUCCACCACACACGCCUUUUCCCCGCAGAUAUCAUGCCUAUUCGACAGAACAAACUACAGAGAGAUAUUCAGCCUAUGCAACAUUAAGCGAGCAAAUCUCAGCGGUCUCCAAAUGGAAAAUAAAAAUUUAAGCCUCUUAAACAUUGCCACUAUUAACAAUGUAGAAGUUUCAAACAAAUCUCUGCUCGAGGGGGAGACUGAAAUGGACGAGCGGAUGUCCACCGAACUUGAGGAUUUUUAUGACGACGAAUAUAACUUCGACUUCAUUGACAUGGUUCAACAAAACGACUUGGACGAGUAA